AUGUCGCAUGUUGAAGGCAACGAUUCCCUCGCCAGGCUCGCUCGAGUGUGCACGUCGUUCCAGGACCCGGCGCUGGAUGCGCUGUACGCCAAUGUUGAAUGCUUCGUCGAGUUCUUCGCGUCUCUACCCAAUGACGUGUGUCUCUUGAAGGAACUUACCGCUGGAAAACAUCAGAAAUAUAUGCCAUUUGCGGAUUUUACUCGGAAGAAGCUAAUUUUCAAACGAGAAAUCUCUGCGUCUGAGUGGAGCGCCUUGAUAAUGCGGGCUGCACGAGUAAAGCACAUUCGUCAAAGUAUCAAUGAACUGGAUUCGUGCAGAGUGGUGCCCUCGAUGGACUUCGCGGAUGCCCUGAACAAAUGUCCUGUGUCUGUCCUUUUUCCUAAUCUCCGCACGUUGUACUUCACUGUACCCUUUGGGCCACUCAACGCAUGUCUACUAUUUGGUCCACAGCUUCGGUAUUUAGCAUUAACCAGUCUCUCUAUCACGUUCCUCAACGGUAGCGAAGCUGCUUCCAAGGUGGUCGCCGCUACUUCCCAUUGGCCACUUCUCGAAGAAUGUUCCAUACAAGCCUCCGUUACUCCGCCCCUCUCCCUUGUGGAUCUAAUGACAAUCCUUCGGCGGUGCCCGUAUCUUCGUAGACUGGGGACUGGCCUCUGCAUCUCCGUCAGCUCGCAAGACGUUGCCACCGUCUUGGCUGCCCCAGAGCUGAGAGCGCGUAACAAUCUCAUCUCAGCUAUGGGGUUUAAGAUCGCGCCAGAUUCUACUACAUUCGAUUCCGGAACCCUCACCUCUCUUCUACAAGAGACAAUGCCACAGCUUACUCAAAUUUAUGAUUUCGGUGUCUAUGCAGCAUCGGACUGGCAUGUCCGCUUUUGGGACGAGGUUCGCAACGGUCUGAAAACGAAGUCGCAGGGCAUUUAA